AUGGUUGCUUAUAUUGUUUUCAAUACACUUCAUGAAGUUAUUACACAUAAUCAAAUUAAAAAUGCUGAACAACAAACCAUUGAAGAAUUUUUGGGUGAAAUAUAUUUAAAUCGUCAUUACGUCUAUACAGAAAUUACUUUCUUUUUAUAUACAUUGGCAUCUGUAACAUUUCGACAAGCAUGUAUUUUAUUUUGGAAACAAUGA